UUUAUUGUCGCUUUGUGAAACAGUAACGUUAGAUUUCUUCCUUUGUCCUAAACAUUCUUCGCUCAAAUUUCAACGGUAAUACAAUAAGUGAUAAAGAGCGUCGGAAAAUAAAAAUAUCAUUAAUGUAAAGUCGAGCAGUAACACAAAUGAAUAACCAAACGAAAUAACUCAGAAAAUCGUUGAUGCAUCGUUUCGUUGGUAACAGUGGCACCUAACCUGUCAGAAGUAAAGCAGCAGAUCGCAACCGUGAUCAGUUUUGGGCACGUAAGGUAAAACAUUUUAGGUUCGCGGAUCUGCUGUGUUUGUCAUCGCGAAGAGCAUAGAAAUAACAAGUGGAGGUAGUGAAAAUUUCCUAUCGAUGUGUAUGUAGAACGGAGUAGCGGUGAUCGUUAAAAGUGGCCACCACAUUUUCACAAGAACUCCCUUGUCCAACCCUGCCUGUUAUGCGGUGGUGAACGUCGACAGAAUUUAUUGUAGGAAGUAGUAACAGUGACGCUCGCUCGACAAGCGUAUUGAAAUAGGAUGUCAGGGUAUAGAGGCAGUGGAGGGGCUGGGUAUUAUCAAGGAGGCUACCCAGGUCUUAGGCAAAUAGAUUUAGAUCAAAUCUGGGGAGAUCUCCGCGAGGGUAUUGAACAAGUUUAUAACAGGCAAUGCAUGUCUAAACCAAGAUAUAUAGAAUUAUAUACUCAUGUAUAUGAUUAUUGUACAAGCGUUCAUCAACAAGUAAGUAAAACAUUGAUUAAAAGCAAAAAAGGACAAAUCUCUCAAGGAGGUGCACAGUUAGUUGGUCUGGAGUUAUACAAACGUUUACGUGACUACCUUAGAAAUUAUCUCAUUAGUUUACUGGAGCAUGGAGUAGACUUGAUGGAUGAAGAUGUACUGCAGUUCUAUACAAGACAGUGGGAAGAGUAUCAGUUUAGUAGUAAAGUUUUACAUGGUGUGUGUGCGUAUCUAAACAGACACUGGGUACGUAGGGAAUGUGAGGAGGGGCAUAAACAAACUUAUGAAGUUUAUCAAUUAGCAUUACUCAUAUGGAGAGAAAAUUUAUUCAAGCAUUUAAACAAACAAGUUACUAAUGCAGUUCUCAAGUUGAUUGAGCGAGAACGCAAUGGUGAAACAAUAAACACACGUUUAGUCAGUGGUGUAAUCAAUUGUUACGUAGAAUUGGGCUUUAACGAAAAAGGGCAGAAUCUUACUGUUUAUAAAGAUUCUUUUGAAAAUAUCUUCCUUGAGGACACAGAAAGGUUUUACACUCGUGAAAGCUCAGAAUUCCUCAGACAAAAUCCAGUAACAGAGUACAUGAAAAAGGUAGACCAAAGGUUACUAGAAGAACGAAAACGGGUUCAAGUUUACCUGCAUCAAACAACUUGUGAGAGAUUAGCAAAAACAUGCGAAAAAGUGUUAAUUGAAAAACAUUUAGACAUAUUUCAUUCUGAAUUCCAAAAUCUGUUGAAUGCUGACAAAAAUGCAGAUUUAGGUCGAAUGUAUCAGUUAGCAGCAAGAAUACCAAAUGCUCUUGGAGAAUUAAGAAGUCAUUUAGAAAGUCACAUAGCCAAUCAAGGACUUGCAGCUAUUGACAAAUGUGGUGAUGCUGCAUCUAAUGAUCCAAAGGUUUAUGUGAACACAACUUUAGAAGUUCAUAAAAAAUACAAUGCUUUAGUACUUGUUGCAUUUAAUAAUGAUAGUGGUUUUGUGGCAGCUCUUGAUAAGGCUUGUGGAAGAUUUAUUAAUAAUAAUUCGGUAACUAGAGCAGCAAAUAGCAGCAGUAAAUCACCAGAAUUACUAGCAAAAUAUUGUGACCUGCUGCUGAAGAAGAGUAGUAAAAAUCCAGAAGAGGCAGAACUUGAAGAUACACUUAAUCAAGUUAUGGUAGUAUUUAAAUAUAUUGAAGACAAAGAUGUAUUCCAAAAGUUUUAUAGUAAAAUGUUGGCAAAGCGAUUGGUACAACAUAUGUCAGCCAGUGAUGAUGCAGAGGCUUCCAUGAUCUCUAAAUUGAAACAAGCAUGUGGUUUUGAAUAUACUUCAAAAUUACAACGAAUGUUCCAGGAUAUUGGAGUGUCCAAGGACCUAAAUGAGCAGUUCAAAAGACAUUUGACAAAUUCUGCUGAACCCCUGGAUAUAGAUUUCAGUAUACAAGUACUGUCUUCUGGCUCAUGGCCGUUUCAACAAUCUUUUACUUUUUUAUUACCAACAGAGCUAGAACGAUCUGUACAUAGGUUUACUACUUUCUACAGUUCACAACAUAGUGGAAGAAAGUUAAAUUGGUUAUAUAAUAUGUCUAAAGGAGAAUUACAUACAAAUUGUUUUAAAAACAGAUACACAUUACAAGCAUCCACUUUCCAAAUGGCUAUUUUAUUACAAUUCAAUGGAUCUGCGGCAUGGACUAUACGACAGUUACAUGAUGCUACACAAAUAAAAAUGGAUUUUUUGUUUCAGGUUAUUCAAAUACUUCUGAAAGCUAAGCUGUUAACAGCAGCGACAGAUGAUGAAACUGAAUUAACGCCAUUAACAACAGUGGAACUUUUCGCAGGAUAUAAAAACAAAAAGCUGAGGGUAAAUAUUAAUAUACCAAUGAAAACGGAAUUGAAAAUCGAACAAGAAACGACACAUAAACAUAUAGAAGAAGAUAGAAAACUUUUGAUUCAGGCAGCAAUUGUUAGGAUUAUGAAAAUGAGGAAGGUGUCGAAACACCAGCAACUGGUAGCUGAAGUAUUGAAUCAGUUAAGCGCUAGGUUCAAACCAAGAGUUCAUGUUAUUAAGAAAUGUAUAGAUAUUUUAAUUGAGAAAGAAUAUCUGGAGCGCACAGAGGGUCAAAAGGAUACUUAUAGCUACCUGGCAUGAUCAAGUUGAUGUAGGACUAUGAUACAGCAGCAACCAUAUAUGCGAAAGAAAGAUGAUUCUUCACUCUCAUUACUACAGACUGUCACAAUAUUUAUUUAAGUCUCGUAUUUUGAAUCUCGUAUAUUUUCCUUGUACAUGGAUGCCCGUGUACCAUGUUGUCCCUCUGGUCGCAUUUAGAAUCUGGUUUUUAUAAUAUGUUAAUAAAAUCAUUUCAUAGUCAAACUGCUAGGUGUGUUACUGUCUGUGCCGUCUUUGACAUAAGUUGAAACGUUAAUUUUUUCACAAUAUAAUAUUAUAUUAUGAAAAGGAUAAUGCAUGAAUUUAAUCUUUAAAUUCAUAAUAAAAAUAAUAUUCUUCAAGUCACAAACUCUGUAGUGAAACGAGAUAAAAAUAAGAGACUAAUCGUGACAAAAGUAACAUGAGUAAAUAUAUUCUGUGAAUAAAGUACUAUUAAAGAAAAAAGUUCAGGGUACGUCAUAAGUCAUAUUAACCAAUAAUAAUGAAGAUCUGGGGAAAUACAUAUGUUUCCUCGCUUUUCUUUUGAAUAGUGUAAAGUACAUUAUUCGAAUACGUCUUUUCUGAUCAUGUAACAUAAGAAAGAAAUGUAAUUUCAGCUAUUUGUAUUAUAGAAUAUGAAACACAUCUUAAAUUUGAGUAAGCACAUAGAUAGUAAUGCAUUUUAGCAAUCGUGAAGUUCAGCUAGUGAUCAUAUGUAUAAGAAACAAAAUUUUAUACCAGUGAAUAAACAAAUCUGCCCUAACUAUGUAAAAAUUGAGUUGUUCUUUCAGUUAGAGCAGUCUCAAUUUAUAAUGAAUUUUUUUAGUGGCUAGCAGAACUUGAAAAAAAAGCAUCUAAUUAUUGUUUUUAUAGAUAAUUUCUUGUAAAAAUAACAAUUAAAUGAUUUACGACCCAUUAUGUAAAAGUUUUAAUGAAUUAUCUAAAAAAUAUGUAUUGUAUACAUUGUAACUAAAGCUUAGAGAGCUCGUUUUUGCUGUUAAAUGAAAGUAACGUUUAAUGUAUGAAACAUAAUUUUUUUCUUUGUUAAUAAUAGAUGUGUUAAAUUUUCAAAACAAAUUAUUUAAUUUUUUCAAAGUUAUAACUUUUAGUAAUUAGAACACAUUAAAUGUCCACAGUGCAAUAUGCAGCAGUGUCCGCUUAAAUGUUCAACGUUCAAGACGGACGUGAACAUUUAAGUGUGUAGAGAUUUGUUCCAAAAAUUGGUUAGCUAUAGUUCAUACGGUCAUACGUAAAUAAAGCUGUCUAUUGAUACAGAUCGUAGAUAACGUCGAGGUUCGACUCGAGCAAGGAAUUCUAAGAAAUGAUGGGGAUAACUCAUAGGCAUUUAAACGGACAGAUUCAUGAACAUUUAAGCAGACACUACUGUAAAACGAAUCGGAAAUUUGUGGUAUACUAUGAUUUUGAGUGCAGGUACAAGCAGUGGCUGAAAUUUAACAUUAGUAACAGAAUAAUAAUUGUUAAUGCAUUACUGCCACUAAUAUUAAGAAUGAUAUAGUGAAUCACAGUAUAUACGUAUAUGUAACUCUAUGCUUGCAAAUGUUAUCACCAUUCUGGAGUUGAAUAAUGGAACUCGACGUGUAAAAAAGCUGAGACACAAGUGUCUCGAACUGAAAGUUAUUGUAAUUAUAAACAAAAGGAGCGAAAAAAGAAAAAAUAUAUUAAAAUUUCUUUGAGAGUGAGUAAUAACAUCUUGAUAUUUAAUUGCAAAAGAAAACUAUCAAAUUAAUGUAUUUUAUUAUAUAAAACGUACUGCGAAUUUAAAUGGCAAAGUAUUAAAGCAAAAUUGUUCAAACUAAGUUGUGCAGAAUGCGUUAAACCGAAGGUGCAGACAUGUAUAUCGUCUUUAUUCACUUUUUUUAUAUUUUACAUCAUUUAAUUGAUUCCAUAUUAAAAUUUCUAGAUUCGAUUAUUCCUCUAGGUUUAGAGAACGUAUAACGGUACAUUAUUUAACAUAGAGUAUACAGAAUUCUCUACUGUCAGGAUUAAAUUUUGUAAAAUCCAUAUGUCAUACAAUGGAGAAUAACAUUGAUGUUUUCUGAAAUGUCUGAAAGCUUAAACUUUUAAUAUGUGUCCCAUAUUAAUGUCUCAUGUUCGGAUAAAAUCAAAACGGUCAUCUUACAGACGCUAACUGUGAAACGUAUUAAUAAUUUAAAUUUUUGUACAUACAAUUAAAAUUUAUUCUUGUCAAUUUUUAUUCCCCAUGCACAAAAUAGGACUUAUUUGUAAAUAAGUUGAACGAGUCAUUUAAUGUUGUCUGAAAUAGAAACAUUUAAUUCAGUACAGUUACAAUGGAAAUCAGUUAAGCGUUUCCUUAUAAUUUUUUUAUCAUAUUAUUUAAAAAAAAAAAAAAAUAAACGAAAAUAAACUUUCUUUCGAACGCAUGAUUUCCACAGUGACCAUGUAUACACCUUUUAUAUUUCGUUUUAAAACCUUCUGUUACAGAUCCUACUAACUACUCAUGUACCAUUAUUAUUUUGUAUAGCGCAAUCGAAUAAUUGCUAUAAUUAUGCCGUAUUUUAAAACUAUAUUUAUUUUCAGUAAGAAAGUAUUACAAGUUACUUAUAAACAGAAAUUAAAAUUCUAGCAUAAAAACGAGUUAAAAAUCAGACUUUUGAAUUUCAUAACAUUCUGACAGGUAAUGUACGAAGUAAGGUCACAUAGGCCCAUUUUCUGUGAAGAGUAUUGUUAAGAAACACACGUUGUAAAAUAAAAUUGUAUA